CCAAGAUAAAGGCGAGAGCGAGAGAAGGAGGGCGCCUUUCACACACACACUGACAGCAGCAGCAGCUCCGUUACGCGCUCGGCGCUAGGAUCCAGCGGAUCUCUCUCUCUCUCUCUCUCUCUCUCUCUCUCUCUCUCUCUCUCUCUCUCUUCCAAGCCUGUUUUAAAGUCUCUGCCAGACUUCAGCUCAUGCGCUACUUCCUGGAUGGCGGAAUGGAAAUCUUCCAGAGCCGCUCCAACUCUUGUCUCUGUGUUUUCAGCCUGAUGUACGGACUACUGCUCCUCUAACAUCUCUCUCUCUUAAUCCACUGUCCCCUUGACAUGCUUCUCUUCUGGACUACAAGCUCAGCCAUCUGAAAGAGAGAGGAGGAGAAAAGAAAAAGGAAAACUGUUUCCUUUGGCUUGGUCGAACUUCAAAAGAAAAUAAAAAAUAUCUCCAAAGGACUCGCUAAAGGAGGCGGACGAAAUAUAUUAAUAAAGCGCGUCCAUUGCGCUUGCAUUGCUUGUCUGUGGGAGUUUUUUCUUUUCUUUUCUUUUCAGUCUCUCUCCACCAGGAGGAUAACUCUGUCAACAGUUGCCUUUUUCCAGAUCUCCAUGUAUACAGUGUGACAUGCGGAGGCUACUGCGACCGCGCUGCUGCUGCUGGUGGAUUCCGCCUCUGCUUUUCUCCUCGCUCGUGCUCCACUGGGCACACUGUCAUCCCGCAUUGGCUGAGGGGAACAAAGCAGGGGAUCAUGACCGGCCAAUCGGUGACAGGCAUCGUAGAGCAGCCGAAGAGUCCUACUGGGCCUACUCAGGGACGUACGGACCAGAUACAGGGUGGGCGGCAGCUUUUCCUGAGUGUCAGGAGAGAAACCAGUCGCCGAUCAAUAUAGCCGAUCAAGACACAAAGGUUUCGAUGGAGUACCAGGAACUCACGCUGGACGGAUUUGAUGCAGAGUCGUCCAACAAGACGUCAAUGAAGAAUACAGGGAAAACGGUGGCAGUUUUCUUGAAGGACGAUUAUUUCGUGAGAGGAGCCGGGCUACCAGGCCGCUUCAAAGCCGAGAAGGUGGAGUUCCAUUGGGGCCAGAGCAACGGUUCAGAUGGCUCGGAGCACAGCAUCAAUGGCAGGAGAUUCCCUGUGGAGAUGCAGAUCUUCAUGUAUAACUCAGACGACUUUGACAGUCUUAACACAGCCAUACGGGAGAAGCGAGUAAUUGCGGCCAUGGCUGUCUUCUUUCAGGUGGGGAUGAAGGACAAUCCUGCAGUAGAUCCGAUUAUUCAUGGACUAAGAGGAGUGGUUCAUCAUGAGAAAGAGACAUUUCUAGAGCCCUUCGUGCUUCGAGAUUUAUUGCCGUCCUCUAUCGGGAGCUACUACCGUUACAUUGGCUCUCUGACCACGCCGCCCUGCAGUAAAGUGGUGGAGUGGAUCGUCUUCAGUCGCCCCGUGUUCCUCUCCUACAAACAGCUGGAAGCGUUCUACUCCAUCUUCACCACCGAACAACAGGAUCAUGUUAAAUCCGUGGAAUAUCUGCGGAACAACUUCCGCCCGCUUCAGAGUCUGGACAACCGGGAGGUCUUCAAAUCCGGCGUCAAAGACGCUUGGCUGCCUGACUUGACUGACAGCCUGGGGAACCCGUACGGUACUGAUGCUUCUAAAGCAUGCAGCAGCGCCCCGAUCAACAUGAACGUCCAGCACAUAAACAAGACGGCGCUAGUCGUUCGAUGGUCCCGUCCGGAGAUCACCUACGAUCCGCCCAUCAUCAGCUACCUCAUUUCCUACAGCUGGACCAGAAACGAUGAGUCAUACGAGGAGACGUACGUCAAAGGGAGCGAUCAGAAACUGGAAGCUGUCAUCACCCCGGUGUCGGUGGACGUGCUGUACCUGUUCCGCGUCCAGGCGGUGUGUUUGAACGACAAGCGCAGUGACUUCAGCCAGAGCAUGCUCUUCAGAGCCAACACCACCAGGAUCUUUGAGGGCUCAAGAAUAGUCAAAACUGGGAUGCCAACUGUGUCCCCAGCAUCCUCUGCAGACAUGGCGCCCAUCAGCUCCGGCUCCUCCACUUGGACUUCCUCUGGUCUUCCGUUCUCCUUCGUUUCAAUGGCCACCGGGAUCGGCCCCUCUUCCAGCGGCAGCCAAGCCACGGUGGCGUCUGUGGUGACCAGCACCCUCCUGGCGGGCUUGGGUUUCAGCGGCGGGGUCAUCUCCUCCUUCCCCAGCUCCGUCUGGCCCACCAGACCUCCGCCCUCCAGCCGCCAGACCCCGGCCAAACCUAUAGUGACCCCCACAGAACCAACCUCCUCACCGGCCUCCGACGCAGACACUACCACAGCCGCAGAGAACGACGCAUCUGACGACGGAGGAGACAAGGGAGGGAAGGGUGAGGAUGAGGAUGGAGAAAAGAACGGAGAAGAGGAAGAGGAUGAGGAGAAAGGUGCCGAGAGAAAGGACGGCAGAGUUGCAGACGAUGUUGAAAAUCAGACGAAUGGCUCCGCAACAAAACAUCCACCCACAGCAUCGCCAGAUUCAACAGCGAAAGAGAAAGGAGGACGCAGCCAGGCAGAAAACACCUCAGCGCCAUCUAGUGUCCCGGAGGAUCAUGUGGAGAAAAAUACACACGGAGUAAGAGAAGAUGAAGAGGAGACGCCAGUAAUAGAGACCCCAGACAACACGGCUCCCACCAGCAAACCCAGCGGAGGAGACCGCAAACACAUGCCUCCUUUCUCCAUACUCACAGAGCGUGCAGUAGUCUCCAGCAUGCACCCUGUGCCUGCUUCGGCCCGGAUGGAGUGGAUCAUUCCUCUGGUGACUGUGUCGGCGCUCACCUUCCUCUGCCUCGUUCUGCUGCUGGCCGUCCUCGUUUACUGGAGGAGGUGUUUCCAAACGGCUCAUUUCUACGUCGAGGACAGUAAUUCGCCCAAAGUUGUGCCCAAUGAGAGCAUCCCAGUCAUCCCCAUCCUAGAUGAUAUGGAGGCCAUCCCCGUUAAACAGUUCAUCAAGCAUGUAUCAGACCUCUACUCCAACAACCAGCACGGCUUCUCAGAAGGGUUUGAGGAGGUGCAGCGCUGCACAGCAGACAUGAAGAUCACAUCAGAACACUCCAAUCAUCCUGACAACAAGCACAAAAACAGAUACAUCAACAUCAUCGCCUAUGACCACAGUCGAGUGAAGCUCAGGCCUCUGGCAGGAAAAGACUUCAAACACAGUGACUACAUCAAUGCCAACUAUGUGGAUGGCUACAAUAAACCCAAGGCCUACAUUGCAGCUCAGGGUCCCCUCAAGUCCACAUUCGAGGACUUCUGGCGGAUGGUGUGGGAACAAAACACCUGCGUUAUAGUCAUGAUCACUAACCUGGUGGAGAAAGGCAGAAGAAAAUGCGACCAGUACUGGCCGACAGAGAACAGUGAGGAAUACGGUAAUAUUGUGGUGACUGUGAAGAGAACCAAAGUGAUGGCGUGCUACACACUCCGCGUCUUCACUAUCAGAAACACAAAAGGUCAGAAGGGUAACACUAAGAGCCGUCAGAGUGAAAGAACAGUAUUGCAGUAUCACUACACUCAGUGGCCGGAUAUGGGCGUCCCUGAAUACACAUUACCUGUGCUCACCUUCGUCAGGAAGUCCUCUGCCGCACAGACUCCAGAGAUGGGCCCCAUGCUUGUGCACUGCAGUGCUGGCGUGGGCAGGACAGGAACUUACAUUGUGAUUGACAGCAUGCUGCAGCAGCUGAAGGAUAAAAGCUCAGUCAAUGUACUGGGUUUCCUCAAACAUAUCCGAACUCAGAGAAACUACCUGGUCCAGACGGAGGAGCAGUAUAUCUUCAUCCACGAUGCCUUGAUGGAAGCCAUUCUUGGGAAGGAAACAGAGGUGCCCUCCAGUCAGCUGCACAGUUACGUCAACAACAUCCUGACGCCUGGCCCAGGGGGCAAAACACGACUUGAAAAGCAGUUCAAGUUGGUGACUCAGUGCAAUGCAAGAUUUGUGGAGUGCUUCAGUGCUCACAAAGAAUGCAACAAGGAGAAGAACCGCAACUCUUCUGUCGUCCCAUCGGAAAGAGCACGUGUUGGUCUCGCACCAUUGCCUGGGAUGAAAGGCACUGAUUACAUCAAUGCAUCUUAUAUAAUGGGUUACUACCGGAGCAAUGAGUUCAUCAUUACCCAGCAUCCCUUGCCUCACACCACUAAAGAUUUCUGGAGGAUGAUCUGGGACCAUAACGCUCAAAUCAUCGUCAUGUUACCAGACAACCAGGGCCUGGCGGAGGAUGAGUUUGUGUAUUGGCCGAGUCGAGAGGAAGCCAUGAACUGUGAGGCGUUUACAGUCACUCUCAUCAGUAAAGACAGACUCUGCCUCUCCAAUGAGGAGCAAAUCAUCAUUCAUGACUUCAUCCUGGAGGCCACACAGGAUGAUUAUGUUUUAGAAGUUCGUCAUUUUCAGUGCCCAAGAUGGCCAAACCCAGAUGCUCCCAUCAGCAGCACGUUUGAGCUCAUCAAUGUCAUUAAAGAAGAAGCCAUGACCAGAGAUGGACCCACUAUAGUGCAUGAUGAGUUUGGCGCAGUGUCUGCUGGGAUGUUAUGUGCUCUCAGCACACUGUCCCAGCAGCUGGAGAGUGAAGGAGCUGCGGGGGUCUACCAGGUGGCCAAGAUGAUCAACCUCAUGAGACCAGGAGUCUUUACCGACAUUGAACAGUACCAGUACCUUUACAAAGCUAUGCUCAGCCUGAUAAGCACUAAAGAGAACGGAUCCAGCCCCAUGUCCCUGGACAGAAACGGCAGCCUGGCCAUGUCUGAUGAAUCGGACGCGGCCGAAAGCAUGGAGUCGCUCGUCUAAAGCCCCCCGAUCAGGCACGAAGAGGCACUUAAUCAAACUUUGUAAAACUUCAAGGACUAAGACAGACUUUUUCUGAGGCCUUUUUUGCCAGAACUCUUGGUUAAAAGAAUAACCUGAUAACUUUUUUACACUGAUAAAAAGUUUUUGAUAUUUAUUUUUUUCGCCAUUUUAUGUCUUAAAUGUUAUCCUACUGAACAUUUGCACCGACGUUUUUUGAGUUCGCGACAAACAAAACGAAACAGCUCUGUCUAGUUUGCACUAUGGAAAUAUCAGUGUUACUGCCUACUCCACCGUCUAGACCACAGUCAGUCUCUCUCACUCACUUCAUUUCUCACUGUCAAGCCCUUAUUUUCAACAUUUCAUAAUAAAGCUUUAGAAACAUCUGCCACAAACGAAAACGGUCUCCACGCACACCUCAGAUGCUGGAAACAGAGAUUAUUCCCAUGUCCAACUUCCAAAACGUCAGAUUCACAGACGAUGUUAGUUUUGAUUUCUGUUCGCUUUGAUCAUUUCGCGCACCCCAUGUAGUAUAUUGACUCAUUAUGCCUCUAGUUAAACCCAUAUUUACUUUCAAAAGGUGGUAUUAAAACAGCUACUGUGAA